GUUCGCUGGAUUCUAUAACAACAAAAGACUCAGCCGGGAGCCGAGACGGGCCGACGCAACAGGGAGCCUUGAAGGGACUGAGGGGACCGCCGCCCUGCCAACCUACCUCAGUAGCCGCCGUCCAGCUUCGCUCUGCCCCGACGUUCGCAGGACGGUUUUUGUAGCAACUGUUUACAAACCAUGCCUCUCUGCAUCCAGUGCCUCAGCUGAUAAAAGUUUUUAUGCACUUUAAUCUUCUACCUGCACCCUUAAACUUUGGUUGGUACGUUGUGGAGUGGUACCUCAUUUUGUGGGCACAAACAAAACAUCUUAGUGAUGUUCCAGAGGCUGAAUAAUAUGUUUGUGGGAGAACUCAGUAAUUUGCCCAGCCAAGAACCAGAGUUCAGUGAGAAAGAAGAAGAAGAAGAGUGGAUUCUGGUAGACUUUAUCGAUUCCUGUUCAAACUUUUCUACUGUUGAUGAAGAGGAGGAGGAAGUGGAUAACAUCUGCAAACCACCUCCUGAUGACCACUCGCCCAUCUUCUCUUGUCUGUCUGAUUCCUUGGACUGCUUGGCAGAUGCCAGUGAAUCCUGCUUCAUCCAAUUAGACUCGUGCUCCAUGGAAGAAAGCUGGUUCAUCACUCCCCCUCCGUGUUUUACAGCAGGUGGUUUAACCACUCUCAAAGUAGAAACCAGCCCACUGGAAAAUCUGCUUAUUGAACAUCCCAGCAUGUCUGUAUACGCAAUCCAUAAUACCUGUCACAACCUCAACAAGAACAGUUGUGAUGAAAAGGAAGAACAGGAGGAGGAAGAGGAAGAGGAGGAGGAAGUAGAGUCCCACGAUGAAAGCAAUCAUAGAUCUGAAGCCCAAAGCAAAAUGGGCCAACACGUCCAAUGCUACAUUGCUGCACUUGCUGCUCAUUCAACUUUUCUUGAACAAAGUACCAAGAGUUUUCGUCCUUCCCAGUGGAUAAAAGAGUUCAGCGAAAGACAAUCCUUGAACAGAAACUAUCUCCGUCGCCAAAAUCUCACCAGGGAUCCCUACACACGGCAACUCAAGAGCAGCGGAUUUUUUGUUCACCAGCCUUGCCAGCGUCAGUAUAAUUACUGAGAGUAUUUUGCAUUUUUCUCCCCAGAAAUAAUAUUUGUUAACUAUUGUGAGACAAUGAAGGUGAGAACUGUCUUAGGAUGCUCGUGAGUUGUUUUUACACAAUCACUUGAGUGUUACAAUUCAGUUGAAAACCACUUUGGUUUCAGUGUCACAGAAUGCCUUUUCAAUGUUUUGUUUGUAGCUAGUAAACAUAUACAGUAUGUGUAGUAAUGUUUGUGUGAUUGUGCCUCUUUGCCUCCUUGUGACAGACUUUAUAAAUUUUAUUAGGUAUGGAUGGGUUUGUUUGUUUUUUAUAUUCGUAUUUACAGCCAAGAUACAAGGCAUCUUUCAGCCUUCUUGUAGUUACAGAAUUUCUCAGGGUCACCCAUACACUUGCAAUGAUCUGUGUAUACUGUAGAUUGUCUUUUAAAAUAGUAACACAACCAUCAAAAUACAGUGGCCUAAAUGGCAUUAUAUUCCUAAUAUGGAAUUGAUUUUCUAUGUAGCAGUAGAAGGAAGGUGAAGAGGAAAAAUGUGUAACCUAAUAUCUUUCUAUAUAGUUUUCAAAAUCUCUGUUUUAGUAUGGUUUAUCAGUUUCCUGUGCAACAGAGGUCCUUUGUAGAAUGUAAUAGACCUACAAGUGAAGAAGAGGGCAAACCAGGUUUUGAGUAUGUGUUCCAGUCGUCCUAUUCUUGUAUAAUUAAAUGAUGGGAAUUGUAGACCAAUAUACCUACUAUCCAGUUUGGGAAAGACUAUUUUGAAGAACAGGAAUACACUUUUCAAAAAAAAAGCAAUGAUCCUUUGAGGGAAAAUCCAAAAUCUAUUACUUGCUGAUAGUUAAAGACCAUUUGAAAUUUAACCCAAUUUUCUAGGACUCUCAAUCAGGCAAGAAGCUACAGAAAUGGAAUAGGAAGUAAGAAAGUUCCAAAAUUACGCCAGAUAUCUCAAGUUUGAGACUUGCAGUUUAAAGUCAGUUCCAAGAUGGCUAUAGAUUGAGUAUAGAUUCAGUGUUGAGUUUUAUUGGUUUCAGGUUACACCUAAUCUCCACAGACAAAGGAAACAAUACAAAAACACAAAGAUGAUCAGUGUGGCAAAGAGCCACACUUAGAUAAAAUGAAACAUUCCUUCUUAUUGUUAUGCCAAGCUAGAGAGUAUGUUUUUUCUUGGUGUGCUGUCUAAAGUCAAUUACGCAAAACAAUGCAAUGUUACUUGGUGACUAUUUUACAACAUAAUAUUUAAUCAAAUGUUUUGGAAACUUGUUCAGGUUAAUAGGGCUGAAAUGCAUAAAUCUUCUGCCCUGGUUUGUUUAAAUCAUUGCCUGCUGUGGGUGUUGCAUUUUUCAAAAUCCUCUUUUGUUUAAAUGUGAGGUAUAGAAUGUUUUUUUCCAGGUUUUAUUAAUUGUGGUUAGGACACACUACGGGAAUAUAGUCUAUAAAAGAAAUGGAUAAUUGCUAAAGUAGAAAUCUGAAAAUCCUCUGGCUGUUGUUUCCUAGGCAAUCCAAAUUUGUCACUGUGCAACUGUGUAUUCCUCGCUUGAGCUUAACUAACUGUUCCCUGAUAUUCUAAAAAAAGAUUCAUGUUUUUAUAUAGACACUAAUUGUCAAAUAUCCCAAAAGAAGAGUCCAAAGAAUUUACAAGCAAUUUAAAACCACAGAUGGCAAAGUUCAGUAGCUUUUUGUUUUGUUUGUUUUCGGCUUCCAGGAUUCAGGAGAGAUGUUUCUCCAUUAAAUUCCUGUGAUUUGAAUCCUGUUGCUCAGUUUCUAAAAACUGCUAAAGCAUUCCUUGUUUUAGUAGUCACUCAGGACCUUUCAUCUGUCAAAUUCACAGCACCAUCACUGUAUUUUCCCCCCUCCCAAAAAUAACUCAGGAACCCCUUUCAAGUUUGGCUUGGAUUUUAAAUUGAUUAAGUGAAAUAAUGUACUGUAUCAGCAAGUGACUCUUAGUUGUCUUCAUCUCCCCACCACCAAACUAUUGUAUUCUCAUUAUUUACUUUUAGGAAUUUUAAAAUAAAGGCCACAUUUAUUUCUGUAUUCCUGAUUUAGCCAGAAUUUGAAGUUAGGACUUCUAAUUGAGAGGUACAGUUGCUGUCUUUACUGGAAAACUUGCUAGUGAUGGGGAAAAAGAAAUACGUGCUUGUCAGUUUUUAAUAUUGGAAAUAAUGCUAUGGUAAAAGGGAUUUUUACAUACAACUUUAAGCCUGACUCUUUCCUUGUAUAUUUAUAUAGCUUGUUUUAUUGCCUGGAAUUAUUAGAGUAUUAGAAUUUGUUGCUUUUCAAACAAUGUGUGUUUUGUGGCUAGAAUAUGACUUUUUAUAUUAUAUCUGUAUAUU